AAAAACUGAAAGUGAGACACAGACAGAGAGAAAGGAAGACAUCGAGGAUUCAGCCACAGAUGCAAUGGUGCAGCCUCUGAACCGGGAGGAUGUUCCGCUCCACUGUCCAGGUUGUCUCAGCCACUCGGCAACGACCAUAGUAAUAGACGAUGCUGACCAAAUGGUGCUGCUCAGGUACUGAAGUACACAACGGCCAAUCCUUGCCAAAUCACCAAGGCACUGCUGCUCCAGUCCAGACUGCCGGUAACAAGCCACGGUUCAGAGAGAUGACAAUGAGAAUCAAGUAUGCAAUUGUUCUCGUUUUUUUAGCCACCCUUGUGAUCAUUGAGAAGGAAAACAAGAUCAUCUCAAGGGUAUCUGACAGCUUCGCUCUCAAGCUGCCCAAGUUGGACUUUACCAUGAACUUCUCUGUGCCGGCCUCGGCCAAGUUCGCUGCCACGCCGUCCAGAUUCUGGGAGCUGGAGGCGGCGGUGGGUCAGCAGGAUGACAACAACAACAACAACAACAGGAGCAGCACGGCGGGACCGGUAGCAAGGAGCCAGCUGCUCCUGAUGGCUACCACCCGCACGGGCUCGUCCUUCUCGGGCGAGUUCUUCAACCAGAACCCGGGCGUCUUCUACCUCUUCGAGCCGCUCUGGCACGUGGGCAGCGCGGUGGCCUUCGAGUCGGAUCGGGCGGGCGGGGCCGCCUCGGGGCUGCUCAACCGCGACGUGCUGCGCCAGCUGCUGCUGUGCGACCUGUCGGUGCUUGAGGCCUUCAUUGCACCGGCACCGCACGGACACGUCACGCGCCACUUCUUCCGGCGCUUCUCCAGCCGCUUGCUGUGCGAGCCGCCCGUCUGCUCUCCCCCCGCGGGGGCCGCCGACAGUCCCGGCGACACCGCCAAAACCGACAGGUACCACUGCAAGAACCACUGCGGGCCACUCAACCUGACGCUUGCCGCCCAGGCCUGCCUGGGCCAGCGCCACAUGGCGGUUAAAACUGUGCGCAUGCGCCAGCUCGAGCUGCUGCGACCGUUGGUCGAGGACCCGCGCUUGGACCUACGCGUCAUUCAGCUCGUGCGGGACCCUCGCGCCGUGCUGGCCUCGCGCAUGGUGGCCUUCUCCAGCCGUUACGUGGCCUGGCAGCGCUGGGGGAGACAAGACAGCGCCGACCCGCCCGGUGCCGAGGAAGCGGCCAAAGUCCGCGAGAGCUGCGAGAGCUUGCGCGCCUCGGCCGAGCUGGGUCUCAGCCAGCCAGACUGGCUGCGCGGACGUUACCUGCUGGUGCGCUACGAAGACAUCACUCGCGAGCCGCUGAGGAAGGCGGCCGAGAUGCACCGCUUCGCCGGCAUAACCCUGGCCCGCGAGGUGGAGGCCUGGAUCCGCGAGAACACGCAGGGCCCGCAGCCCGGCACCCAGAAAGGCAGCGUCUACUCCACCCGCAGGAACUCGUCCGAGCAGAGCGACAAGUGGCGCCUCCUGCUGCCCUUCAAGCUCGCCCAGGCCGUGCAGGGUGCCUGCGGCCCCGCUAUGCAGCUCUUCGGCUACCGGCCGGUCCGUGACGCCGCUGCACUCGCCAAUCUGUCUGCCAGUCUACUGGAACCGGCGCCAUUUUGAGCAACCCGCAGGCCCUGAAGGACUCUUCAUGGCUUCACUGAAGAACACACUUGUUUUUCACAUUCCCCCCUCCCCACCAAACUCUCUACCCAUCCAAUCACCCUACCCUUCCCUCUCCCACCACAAAACUAAUCGACCACACCAACCAACCCUUCCCUAUUUCCCCCAACCAACGCUUCUCCCAUCACCAGCCAACCACCCCUUCUCCCCCAAUCCACCAACCAAUCAACUAAC